UGACUUCGCGGUGGAUUGUGGGAAACUGAGGCCAGAGACAGGAACGACCGCCCUUUUUAAUGGAGCGACGAGUGUAGAAGCGAGCUUCAUGCGUCGCGGGGAAUAUUGUGGCAGAACACGCGUGUGACUGAACUCCAGAGGAGGACCUGGUGAAUAAUGGCGGAUGAAGUGGAGGUGGAGCUGGACGGAGGCAGCGAGUAUCCAGCACAUUACAAAGUCAUGAUGGACAAACUCAAUGAGCAACGGCAGCUUGACCAGUUCACAGACAUUACUUUAAUCGUGGACGGACACCAGUUCAGAGCCCAUAAAGCGGUGUUGGCAGCAUGCAGUCAGUUUUUCCACACGUUCUUCCAGGAUUUUACACAGGAGCCACUGGUGGAGAUAGAAGGUGUUAGCAAUACAGCCUUCAGCCAGCUCAUGGAGUUUACCUACACGGCCACACUAGCUGUAGCUGGAGAAGAGGAGGCGUACGAUGUGUGGAAGGCUGCAGAAUACCUCCAGAUGCAGGAAGCCAUCAAGGCGCUGGAAAACAAGAUAAAUGAGAAACCAGUGAUGGCAGAGAGCAAAGGUAAAAAGAGGAAGAUUGCAGAGACGUCUAAUGUGAUCACAGAAACUCUACCCUCGGUGGAAGGAGAAUCAGUGGAGAUUGAGGUGAUCGGGGAUGGGGGCAUUGAGGUGGAGGAUUCGGGUUUAGAGGAGGUGGUCGAUGCAGCAAAGAACGCCCAGGCUGCGUCGGACGACUCCGCUUUGGCUCUUCUUGCUGACAUAACUAGCAAAUAUCAGCAAGAGGAACCUACGCUACAUAUGAUCAAGAAGGGAGGUAUAGAAGAGGAUCUCGUGUAUCAGGAGGAAACGGUGACUGCGUCCAAGGUGUUGGAGAACGUCGACAUCGUAGAGGUCCAGAUUUCACAAGUGGACAACGUAUUCCGAUGCAACAAGUGUGACCGCUCUUUUAAAUUGUACUACCACCUCAAACAGCACCUGAAAACGCACCUGGGCGUCUUGGAAAAGCCGCACGUGUGCAACCACUGCGGUCGACCCUACACGCGAGAGGGCGCCUUGAGGCAGCACAUCAGCACGUUUCACUUUGAUGCAGAGGAGCUCUCUCGAAACCAGAAACCCCAAAAGAAAGUGCAUGUUUGUGAAUACUGUAAGAAGCACUUUGACCACUUUGGCCACUUUAAGGAGCACUUGCGGAAGCACACGGGGGAAAAGCCUUACGAGUGUCCAGAUUGCCAUGAGCAUUUUGCGAGGAACAGCACUCUGAAAUGCCAUAUGGCAGCCUGUCAGAAUGGGGCAGGAGCCAAGAAAGGACGCAAGAAACUCUAUGAAUGCCAGGUUUGCAGCAGUGUGUUCAACAGCUGGGACCAGUUCAAAGACCAUCUCGUGAGCCACACAGGCGACAAGCCCAACCACUGCACCAUGUGCGACAUGUGGUUCACUCACCCUAAAGAGCUUAAGACCCACCUGAAAGAUGUCCAUUCCUUUGAGGACAGCAAGUCAACUGAAGAACUGGUCAUUACAGACCCUGCUGACACCGCCGCCCUCGCUUUAGCAACGCAGAGCAUAGAAGGAACUGAAACGGUCCUGUUGGAUGACGGAAUUCAGGUGGAACACGUCACAGUGGAGCCUGUAGAUAUGAUGGAGAUGGAAGAGACUGCAACGGUGGUGGUGGAGGAGGACGAAGGGGUGACGGAGAUGUGUGAGGAGGACAUGGAGAGACUGAAGCAGGCUGGGGUGCAGAUCCAGGUGGUGCAUGUGACCACGACUGAAGUCGAUGGUCAGCAGGUUGUGAACUCUCAGGUGGAGGUAGAGAUGGAGGGGGAGAUGGUGAACGUCGAGGAAGUAGAACAAGCAGUGGAUGUAUGAGAAUGUGAAAAUGACUCGAAGGACACUCUCAUCGUGAAUGGCUGCAUUAUCGUGCAGCUGACAUUUGAGCUUCCAUACAGAACACUGCAUGCAGGAUCCAGCACGUCACCUUGAUAUGUUCUGUUCUCCGCCGUCAUGUUGAAUGACUUUGUUCCUGGCAACAUCACUCUUUGAACUUUUAGAGAUGAGUAACUUCCUGCUUAUUAAGCUGUAUUUAUGUUAAAGCUGUUGGCCAUCAUAUCCCAUAUUGUUGAAGACUUCACUGCUUCAUCAACUUAUUUUCAUGUGUGUUUAUUUUUUCUUUUUGUCUUUAUCUCAACUCAGAUUUAUAUUUUGGAUCACUUGCCAAGAGAAUUUGACAAUGAAUGAAACGUUCCCUGUUGCAGCUCAUAAAACAGCUGUUGCCUGGUGCUGAAGCUCAUCAGUGCUAAUGCUACAGUUGUGUUCAAACUUAUUUUCAUAUUGAUUUACGGUGUUUUUGUAGGAAAAAGUCAGAUAGGAAUUAAAACUGGUUUCCAGAAUGGGCUACAAGUCUUGCAUCCAUCUUCAGAGAGCUUGAUAGUCUUAAAAAUCGACAUAGUGAGGUAAAGAUACAUUUUAAAUGUCUUUAUUAUACCUUCGGAAUUUGUUUGAUUAUUUAUUUUUCUUCAAUUGAUAAAAUGGCAAUAAUCUGAAUGGUGAUGAACCCACAGACGUUUGAAUCCAAGUCUGCUGUUCCCCUUUGCUUUUGGUUUAUUAGCUGUAACGUCACUGGAUUCAGCCUCUGUACAUCACCUGCACAGCACAAAACAACACAUGCACUGUCAGCUACUAUUUGGUGGAGCCAGAAUCUGUAUAUCCCUCAGGAUCUGUUGGAAACCAGAGCAAAGCUGAAGAGAAAAGCAAAUCUCGGACUCAAAUACAUGAGAUGACCGGAAACACAAUAAAAAUCCAACGAUUUAAAGUUGCACCUUA